AUGGAAUUCGAUGCCGGUAUUGUGAAUGGACUCGUUGCCGACAGUCGCGUUUUGUUGUGAGACGAUCUCAGCUGUUGUUGUUGUUCACAAGGCGGGAGGACGCGGUCGUUCGGGGGUACUUGCAGUUGGGACACAACUAAGUCUCUGACGUGACAGCAUGGCGGAGAGCGUAAAGGAAGAUCAAACAGAGAGAAUCCUCAUGGAGCCGUACAACUACUUGCUUCAAUUGCCAGGUGCGCAAAUAAGGACCAAGCUCUCAAAGGCUUUCAACUAUUGGCUACACAUCCCUGAAGACAAAUUACAGAUUAUAAUGGAGGUGACGCAAAUGCUGCACAAUGCGAGUUUGUUGGUGGACGACAUCGAGGACAACUCGAAGCUGCGGCGCGGCCUGCCCGUGGCGCACAGCAUCUACGGCAUUCCCUCUGUCAUCAACUCCGCCAACUACGUUUACUUCCUCGGCUUGGAGAAGGUGCUGACGCUCGGCCACGCUGACGCCGUCGCCCUGUUCACCAACCAGCUGCUGGAGCUGCACCGCGGCCAGGGCAUGGACAUCUACUGGCGUGACUCUUACACCUGCCCCAGCGAGGAGGACUACAUCCGCAUGGUUCUGCGCAAGACGGGCGGUCUGUUUGGACUUGCGGUGGGGCUUAUGCAGCUGUUCAGCGAGAACAAAGCCAACCUGCGGCCAAUACUUGACACGCUGGGGAUGCUCUUCCAAAUUCGGGAUGACUACGCCAACCUGCGCUCGCAAAAGUACAUGGAGAACAAAAGUUACUGCGAGGACCUGACUGAGGGAAAGUUUUCCUUUCCGCUCAUCCACGCCAUACAAUCGGAACCUAAUUGCACACAGGUGCUGAGCAUCCUGCGAAAGCGGACAGAAGACAUCGACGUCAAGCGGUACUGUGUCGAGCAUCUGGAACGCUUGGGCUCCUUCGAGUACACGAGGCAGACUUUGUUGCAGCUGGAGAAGCAAGCGUACAAGCAGAUUGCCGAGCUGGGUGGAAAUCCACUCCUGGAGGCGCUGGUCAAACACCUUGCGGAGAUUUUUCAGCAGGAACCAAAUGCACAGGAGUAGGGAACGCUGCACUAACUCCUUGGUAUUGUACAUUCAGUGCAUGUGGUGUUCGCGUCCAUUCUCGUGGCGCAAGGCUAUCGCUGAAGAAGCAGCACUGUGCGAGCUAUUGCAGUAGUACACGCAAUCGUGCGGAAUGCACUUGGACAGAACACGGAUGGAGGGUAACGUUAUUCGAAUGCCAGUGGUGUUUCUGCCCUUUGGUGCUCUGACCAUGCUCUUUUUUAGUACUUCAGGGCAUUGUAUGAGUAGAUGUUUCUGAAAUAUAAAAUGUAAGUUGAAAAAGUAGAGACGCACAAUUGACAAUGCAAUCGACUAAAUGAUGAAUACAAUUCCAACCUGUUAAUUCACUGCUGCAUGCAGGUAGACCCACACCACAUCAAUCAUGGGGUUUGUUUGACGAUACUUUGCUAUGCUGGUCAGUCGCUUGAUGAAGAGGAAGCCUAGGACUAGUUACAAAAAUAACUGAUUGGAGCCAAGGCUGGGAAUUGAAAAUGGGUUCACAGGUUCAUAGUGCAACGCCACAAACUGCGGCGCUGCCACUCCACACGUCGAUACAAUUAUUGAGCAAAAUCAAUUUUAAUGUAAUGGUGACACGGAAGCCAAAUGUUAAUUGCACCUUUCAUCAGUGUUACAUUAAGAGGAAGUGCAGCAAAUUUCCUUAAUAUCCAUCUUGUAUGAGUAGACGUAAUUGCAAAACGGGAACAGAAGGAUAGUCUCGCCAUUCUAAAAGAUAAAACGUAACAUCUAAAGAAGAACACUGCAUUAUUUUGCAUGGGGUGUAUGAUAUAUCAGAUUGUCACGACUGAUUUUAUACACGCGCAGGAUGCUUGCAUUUGCCAGACUUUAAUUUGCAUUUGUCUGAGUUGACACAUACUAAUAUGAGAUUCACCAUUGCCUGGAGAAGUCUCAUAAAACCACUUAAGACUGCUGUAUCCAGAACUAGUUCCUAAACGUUGCUGAUGAAAACAUACCCCAGUUUGAUGCAGUACGCCUCAUUUUUAAGUGAAAUGGAAAGAGUUGGUACACUCGUAAAUGUAACACUUACAUAAAUAAGUGUUAAGUGCACACCUUGUGUGCAAAUUAUGAAAACACACAGGCGUUUGUGAUUCAGUCAAUACCGCAACAAUUACAUUUGGAAUUUUUUACAAUUGUUUACACUGAAAAAUGUAUGGUUUAACUUUGCAAUAUUUCAUUUAAUUACGUUUUAGUGUUGGAGUGUAAUGGUGUACUUGUGCAACUUUUCUACACGGAACACGACUUUUUUUGUAUUGAAUGCCAAACAUAGUUAAAUAAACGCUUUGAAAUACAACGUGAUAAAUGCAAUGUACACAAAUGUUCGUGAUUUUGUUUUCACUUGUGUAUCUUUGUUUGCAAAUAAAGCCUCAAUGCAUUGUGUGUA